GUGGAGUGGGAGAGGAGAACUAGGCGGCUGGCUCCCAGCACGCAGCCGCAGAGCAUCGCAGCCGUGCGCUACCCAGGCGCUGCGCACCUGACAGACGACCAGUUUGCCCGCCUGUCCGGAGCCCGGCUCGCAGGAGCAGCAUGGCGGGGUCGCUGCUGCUCCGCGGGUCGCGGGCCGGGGGCGUUGGCCUUCUGGUGCUGCUGCUGUUGGGCCUCCUUCAGCUGCCCCCUGCACUCUGUGCGAGGCCCAUAAAGGACCCCCGCAGCCUAAGCGCAGCAUCGCCAGCCAUUGCCGAGGCUGGAUCUCAGCGCCGCUUCCGCCGGGCGGCGCCCCGAGGAGAGGCGGCGGCGGGUGCGGUGCAGGAGCUGGCGCGGGCGCUGGCGCACCUGCUGGAGGCUGAGCGGCAGGAGCGUGCGCGGGCCGAGGCGCAGGAGGCCGAGGAUCAGCAGGCACGUGUCCUGGCACAGCUGCUGCGCGUCUGGGGUUCUCCCCGCGCCUCCGACGCGCCCCUCGGUCUGGACGAUGACCCCGAUGCACCAGCCGCACAGCUUGCCCGAGCUCUGCUUCGCGCCCGCCUCGACCCCGCCGCCCUUGCAGCCCAGCUUGUCCCCGCUCCCGUGCCGGCCGCUGCGCACCGACCCCGGCCCCCAGUCUAUGACGACGGCCCCACGGGCUCAGAUGCCGAGGAAACUGGUGACGAGACGCCUGACGUGGACCCAGAGCUACUGAGGUAUUUGCUGGGGCGAAUCCUCACGGGAAGUGCGGAGCCGGAAGCUGGGACCACCCCGCGCCGCCUUCGCCGCUCUGCCAACCAGGAUCUGGCUCCUGACGUUCCCCCUGAAGGUGUUCUUGGGGCACUGCUUCGCGUGAAACGCCUAGAGAACCCCCCGCCCCCGGCGCCAGCGCGCCGUCUCCUGCCACCCUGAGCACCGCCUGCAUCCAGCGUGCCCCAGAACCCAGGAGCAGGCCAGCUAGCCACCUGAACACCCCUGCCAGCACGUUGAGAGCUGCUUACCCCUCAACCCGCCAAACCCCCACCCCCUAGCCUUACAAUAACAAUAUCUGAAACAGC